ACUGGCCCAUAUCGACGACAUCUUGACUUUUGCGAUUCCCUCGCUUUGAUUUUGAUCCAAGGUGCUUUCCAACAGCUGCUGCGAAUACAUCUCCUCGACAUUGCCCUAGAUAGGGCCAACAUACCGUCACCAUGUCUGCCAGCGCAUACGACCGACACAUCACCAUCUUUGCCGACAAUGGUCGUCUGUACCAAGUCGAAUAUGCCUUCAAGGCAAUCACAGCCGCAAACAUCAUGUCCGUAGGCCUGCGAGGCAAGGACUGCGCCGUUGUCUUGUCACAGAAGAAGGUUCCCGAUAAACUGAUCGACCCCUCAUCUGUCUCCCACAUCUUCCAAAUCUCGCCCUCUGUGGGAUGUGUCAUCACAGGCUCUAUUGCGGACGCCAGAGCAUUUUCCCAGCGUGCUCAAUCAGAAGCUGCAGAGUUCCGAUACAAAUAUGGUUAUGAGAUGCCAGCCGAUGUCCUGGCCAAGCGACUGGCCAACAUCAGCCAAGUGUAUACCCAGCGUGCUUACAUGCGACCCUACGGUGUUGCCACCACAAUCAUCAGCCUAGACGAAGAGCGGGGGCCCCAGCUGUUCAAGUGCGACCCGGCCGGAUAUUUUAUCGGUUACAAGGGCACUGCCGCCGGACCCAAACAACAGGAGGCUAUGAACCACCUGGAGAAGAAGCUGCGAAACAAGGAGCAUGCUGAGGGAUCCUGGGAAGAGGUUGUCGAGCUGGCCAUCACAACUCUGAGCACAGUUCUCAGCAUGGACUUCAAGAAGGGAGAGAUUGAGAUUGGCAUUGUCGGCGGCCCUCGGGCGGAUGGCAAAGAGGGCACAGAGCCAGGCUUUAGAAAGCUCACCGAGGAUGAGAUUGAGGAGAGAUUACAAGCCAUUGCUGAGAAGGAUUAGUAAAUCGUAUAGAUGGGUUAAUGAAGCAACGUUAGAGACGUCAAUUUCUGCCG